AUGAAAUACGUCGUUGUCUCUGGUGGUGUCAUCUCUGGUAUUGGUAAAGGUGUGUUGGCAUCUUCUACUGGGUUACUAUUGAAGACUCUUGGUUUAAGAGUCACCUCUAUCAAGAUUGAUCCUUAUAUGAAUAUCGAUGCCGGUACAAUGUCCCCAUUGGAACACGGUGAAGUUUUCGUUUUAAAUGAUGGUGGUGAAGCUGAUUUAGAUCUUGGUAAUUAUGAAAGAUAUUUAAACAUCACUUUAACAAGAGAUCAUAACAUCACCACUGGGAAAGUUUAUCAACAAGUUAUUGAAAAAGAGAGAAGAGGUGAUUAUUUAGGUAAGACUGUUCAAGUUGUUCCUCAUUUAACAAAUGCUAUUCAAGAUUGGAUUGAAAGAGUUGCUAAAAUCCCUGUUGAUGAAUCUGGGUUAGAACCUGAUAUCUGUAUCAUUGAAUUGGGUGGUACUGUUGGUGAUAUUGAAAGUGCUCCUUUUGUUGAAGCUUUAAGACAAUUUCAAUUUAGAGUUGGUCAUGAAAAUUUUGCCUUGAUUCAUGUUUCUUUAGUCCCAGUGAUUCAUGGUGAACAGAAAACUAAACCAACACAAGCAGCUAUUAAAGAUCUUAGAUCUUUAGGUUUAACACCAGAUGUUAUUGCAUGUCGUUGUUCAAUGGAAUUGGAAAGACCAACUAUUGAAAAAAUUUCAAUGUUUUGUCAUGUUGGACCAAAUCAAGUUUUAGCAGUUCAUGAUGUUAAUUCAACUUAUCACGUUCCAUUGUUAUUAAUGGAACAAAAAAUGACCAAUUUCCUGACUCAACGUUUAAAUUUAACUUCUUUAAACAUUUCAAAAGAUUCAAUUGCUAAAGGUGAAGAUUUAUUAAAUAGAUGGAGAGCAUUAACUACUUCAUAUGAUCGUUCAUUUGAAACUGUCAAGAUUGCAUUAGUUGGUAAAUACACUCAUUUAAAAGAUUCAUACAUUUCAGUUAUUAAAUCAUUAGAGCAUUCAUCAAUGAGAGUUUCUAAAAGAUUAGAAAUUGUUUGGGUCGAGGCUUCAGAUUUAGAACCAGAAUCUAAUGAUAGUGAUAAAGUUAAAUUCCACAAGGCAUGGCAUUCAUUAUGCUGUGCCGAUGGUAUUUUAGUUCCGGGUGGGUUUGGUUCACGUGGUACAGAAGGUAUGAUGAGUGCAGCUAAAUGGGCAAGAGAAAACAAUAUUCCAUUUUUAGGUGUUUGUUUAGGUUUCCAAGUUGCCACUAUUGAAUUUGUUCGUAAUGUUGUUGGGAUUGAACAUUCAAAUUCUCAAGAAUUUGUUCCUGAAUUAACAGAAGAUGAAGCUGCGGUUGUUUAUAUGCCAGAAAUUGAUAAGAAUAAAUUGGGUGGUACAAUGAGAUUAGGUUUACGUGGUACAAAUUUCCAAACUAAAGAUUCUAUCUUGAGAAAAUUAUAUGGAGAUCAAGAUGAAAUUUUUGAAAGACAUCGUCAUAGAUAUGAAAUUAAUCCAAAAUUAAUUGAAAAAAUUGAAUCAAAAGGUUUAAAAUUUGUUGGUAAAGAUGAAAGUGGUGAAAGAAUGGAAAUUUUCGAAUUGGAAAAUCAUCCAUAUUAUGUUGCAGCUCAAUAUCAUCCAGAAUAUUUAUCAAAAGUUUUAGAUCCAUCAAAACCAUUUUUAGGUUUAGUUGCAGCUUCUGCAGGAGUUUUAGAUAAAGUUUUGAAUGGUGAAAUUAAACCAAUUGGUAAAGGUGAUUUUUAG